GGGCCGAUUUAAUUUGGUUGAAACCAAGGGUUCAGGUUUUGGGGGAACUCUUUUCUAAAAACAAUCAUCUAUCAAAUAAAAAAAUGCAGUUUUUUUCUUCUUUUUUUUUUUUUUUUGGAGAAUGCCAGGUAUCUCAGCAAUCUCAGUUUAAUACAUAAAGGAGUGGUGCACAUUCACACCUCCGUUUUGCACAACAGUCACCAAACCAGACAGGAAGGAAAGAAAGUGACGUUCAUUUCCCCUCAAAGGCUUUCUAUGUAAAACCUUGCUCCUGAUUCGAGAGUCACUCUUUAGAGUCUUCGGUGUCAAGGUAAGUCUCUUUUAAGUGGUAAACAUUUGCUGUGUCUACUCAGCAGUGUGUUCUUUUGGAACCAAGCAACUGUUUGAUACAUCCAGGCUGAAGCAAAGAAUCCCUCUACUUCCAGCAGACUGCCUCCAACCUUGUGCUCAGGGAAGCGAUGUGGACUCUGUGAGGAGCCGUAUCGACGAGGGCCGUUGUCAUUCACAGCGAACAUCACGACUCCUCUGUGACGUCACGAAUUUCAUGACCAGAAGUUUCCUGCAUGAAGGUGGUGAAGAUGACCUUGAUCCUGUGUAAAGCCUGUGGUCCUGUGAGGGUUUCCGGCAGGUAAAAAGAGCUCAGCAAGGACAACCGCAGCACAACCACUGUACUGAGCACAUGGAUCUGAGUCUUCUCAAAGCUCUGGAGAGAGAGAAGGUUCUAGAGGUUCUUCAGAGGGAUAAAGUUCUGCGCUCUGUGGAAGAGGAACGAAUAAGGAAGUUGAAGUUGGAGCUACAGGAGAUCCGCCGGAAAGGGGCAAAGAGCUUCUCCAGGCAAUACAGCGAGAGAACGUGUGCCCGGUGCCAAAGGCCCCUCGGAAAGUUCUGGAACUGCGGCGCCAUCUGCCAUGGCUGCAGCCACCGCAUUUGCAGCAAGUGUCGCGUCAGCACCACUGCUCAGGAGUGGAAGUGCACCGUGUGCCACGCCUACAGGGAGGUUAAGAUCAAAUCUGGAGAAUGGUUCAUGGAGGAGAGGGCAAAGAAAUUCCCAGGAGAACCCGAGAGAAAUGAGACUGUUGGGGAAAAACUACUGAAAUCCUACCAAAGCUUAAGUACGAUCUGCAUUGUACCUCCAACUCCUCCUCCAUUCGUCGAAGUCUCAUCUGUCAGCAAAGCAGGGGCACUUGAAUGUCCCAGACCUUUCACAAAAUCUGUUGAAAACCUAUUUGUGUCUCUCACUACGCACAUAAAGAAAAUAUCAAAGUCGCAAAAUGAUAUGUCUGUGGACCCAGCACUUCUGACAGCAGACUACUGCAAGAUGUCAGUCAAGGACCGCCGGAGCAUGUCUGACACCGCCAUCAACUGGACCUCCAAACUGGUCAAAGCUCCUAGCCUUCCGAACCUUUUCAAGAAGAAGAAGGAUGAUGAUGAGGUGGAGGGACACAAUGGAGUGACAGCCAGCGAUGAAGACACCUCCUCAGGCACAGGGCACUCUGGAGAAAAGAGGAACAGCCUAAGCAGUCUUUGCACAGAGUACGGCAUCUUCACCAGCACUGCUGUGUCAGGGGAGAUUGAGUUUGCACUGAUCUACAGCUUCAGAACUUCCUCUCUGGAGAUCACAGUCAGACAAUGUAGAAAUCUGGCAUACGGAGACCCGAAAAGAAAUAAAUGUCACCCAUACGUCAAGGUUUAUCUGCUGCCGGAAAAGUCUCCAAGUCGCAAACUGAAGACGAGCAUCAAGAAGAACACAGUGAAUCCGGUUUUCAAUGAGACCCUUUUGUACCAGAUAGAUCGCCCCCAGCUGUGCAGCAGAACGCUCCAAGUUUCAGUCUGGCACCGUGGAACGCUGCAGAGAAAGGUGUUCCUGGGAGAGGUCCUCGUCCCCUUGAAAGACUGGGAGUUUGAGGACAGCACCACCCAGUGUGCAGCCUGGUACCAGCUGUGCCCCAAGGUCCAGCCUGGAAAUGUAUUAUACAGACGCCAAGCCACAAACUCCCCCUGCCGAUUCAAAUGAACACCUCCACAAAGAAAUCAUGACGCAACGCUGAACGCAAAAGCAACAUGGAAUGGAACUCCCUCUUUUUCACCGGGCUACCAAAACAGAGUUAACGCUCAUUUGCACAUUCGCAUGUGCUUUGCAGAAAUGCACACCUGUAAAUAGCAUGUGACACACGAAAUCCAAAGCAAGAUUGUUUUUUUCCCUUUCAUGCAAACGCUACCGGAAUUG